AGGCUCCCGAUGGAUCUGGAUGACCCCUAGUCCCAGAAGGACUUCAAGAAGCUUUUGCUCGCACUGACCACAUCGUCUGGGCCCAGGGACCAUGGCACAAGCUCUGCUCAGGAACCGCACUUGUGCGGCCUGUUGACUGGGCCAGGGACUCAGCAAGGGGGGCGCGGGCCAGGACCAGGUUUCCAUGCCCGGGUGUGGCCGCGCCCCCUCCCAGUCCAGCCCAGCAUCCCCCAGGCUGAGGUCACCAUGUGACUCAGUACCGCUGCGGUGCCUCCCAUCCAUGCUCCGGGACCUGGCCCGCUCUGCUAAGAAUGAGGCCGAGGCCCAUCGGGGCGCUCCGGGCAGGGGCUGCGCUAUCGCCUGUGCUGCUGCUGCUACUACCGCUGCUGGGGCACCUGUGGGCGGCGAGUACCCCUGGCCCAUCCUCCUCAUCACCCGGAACUCAGCAGGACAACCAGCUGGGCGCAGGCCGAGUGAAGCGUGGCUGGGUGUGGAACCAAUUCUUCGUGGUGGAGGAGUACACAGGGUCAGAACCCCUGUACGUGGGCAAGAUCCAUUCUGAUUCCGACGAAGGUGAUGGGACCAUCAAGUACACCAUCUCUGGCGAGGGUGCGGGGACCAUCUUCCUGAUUGACGAGCUGACCGGUGACAUCCAUGCCACCGAGCGCCUAGACCGGGAGCAGAAAACCUUCUACACACUCAGGGCCCAAGCCAGGGAUCGCGCCACCAACCGCCUGCUGGAACCUGAAUCAGAGUUUAUCAUCAAAGUACAGGACAUCAACGACAGUGAGCCACGUUUCCUGCAUGGCCCUUACAUUGGCAGUGUGGCCGAGCUGUCACCUACAGGCACGUCUGUGAUGCAGGUGAUGGCCUCUGAUGCGGAUGACCCCACUUACGGCAGCAGCGCCCGGCUGGUGUACAGCGUGCUAGACGGCGAGCAUCACUUCACAGUGGACCCCAAGACAGGUGUGAUCCGGACAGCUGUACCCGACCUCGACCGUGAGAGCCAGGAACGCUAUGAGGUGGUUAUCCAAGCCACAGACAUGGCAGGCCAGCUGGGUGGCCUCUCGGGCUCCACUACAGUCACCAUCGUGGUCACUGAUGUCAAUGACAACCCACCCCGCUUCCCACAGAAGAUGUACCAGUUCAGCAUACAGGAGUCGGCACCCAUCGGCACGGCUGUGGGCCGAGUGAAGGCUGAGGACUCUGAUGUGGGCGAGAACACAGACAUGACUUAUCACCUGAGAGAGGAGAGCGGCAGUGGAGGAGACGCGUUCAAGGUCACCACGGACAGCGACACACAGGAGGCCAUCAUUGUAGUACAGAAGCGCCUGGACUUCGAGUCACAGCAGGUGCACACGGUGGUGCUGGAAGCCCUCAACAAGUUUGUGGAUCCCCGCUUCGCCGACCUGGGCACAUUCCGAGACCAAGCAAUCGUGCGCGUGGCCGUGACCGAUGUGGAUGAGCCCCCCGAGUUCCGGCCACCCUCCGGCCUCCUGGAGGUGCAGGAGGACGCGCAGGUGGGCUCCCUGGUCGGCGUGGUGACGGCGCGGGACCCCGACGCCGCCAACCGGCCCGUCCGGUACGCCAUUGACCGUGACUCGGAUUUGGAUCAGAUCUUCGACAUUGAUGCAGACACUGGCGCCAUUGUGACUGGCAAGGGGCUGGACCGUGAAACUGCCGGCUGGCACAACAUUACCGUGCUGGCCAUGGAAGCAGACAAUCAUGCCCAGCUAUCGAGAGCAUCUCUCCGGAUCCGAAUCCUGGAUGUGAACGACAAUCCCCCGGAGCUGGCUACACCCUACGAGGCAGCUGUGUGUGAGGACGCCAAGCCAGGCCAGCUUAUCCAAACUAUCAGCGUGGUGGACAGAGAUGAGCCCCAGGGUGGUCACCACUUCUAUUUCCGCCUGGUACCGGAAGCACCCAGCAACCCUCAUUUCUCUCUGCUGGACAUCCAAGAUAACACAGCUGCGGUGCAUACACAGCAUGUGGGCUUCAACCGGCAAGAGCAGGAUGUAUUCCUCCUGCCCAUCCUUGUUGUGGACAGCGGGCCACCCACACUGAGCAGCACGGGCACCCUCACCAUCCGCAUCUGUGGCUGCGACAGCUCCGGCACCAUCCAGUCCUGCAACACCACCGCCUUCGUCAUGGCUGCCUCCCUCAGCCCCGGUGCACUCAUUGCUCUCUUGGUCUGUGUCCUCAUUCUAGUCGUGCUGGCUCUGCUGAUCCUCACCCUCAGGCGUCACCACAAGAGCCACCUGAGCUCCGACGUGGAUGAGGACAUGCGGGACAACGUGAUCAAAUACAACGAUGAGGGCGGCGGCGAGCAGGACACCGAGGCCUAUGACAUGUCAGCGCUGCGGAGCCUUUACGAUUUCGGGGAGCUCAAGGGUGGCGACGCGGGCGGGGGCACGGCCAGUCCCCCACAGGCUGCUUCCUCCUCCGAGCGCCACUCGCUGCCUCGGGGACCGUCGAGCCCGGAGCCGGACUUCUCGGUGUUCAGAGACUUUAUAAGCCGCAAGGUGGCGCUGGCGGACGCGGACCUGUCGGUGCCCCUCAGCCCGGCCAGUCCGGCAGCGCGGCCCCGACGGGAGGGGACCUGCAUGGCCCCCGCGCCGCGACACGCCCCCAAGGGGUGA